AUGUCUCAAACUCGAGCUUUAGGGGUGGGAAUCAUUGGUGCCGGGGAAGUCUUCCAAGUAUGCCACGGGCCCUCCUUGCUCAUGCUAUCCCAUCUCUUCUCAAUCGAAUCCAUCUGCGACCUAUCACCAAAAACAGUAGACCACUGCGCCACCAAGUUCUCCAUCCCCCACAAGACAACCGUCCCCCAAGAUGUCAUCGACAACCCCAAAGUCCAAAUCGUCUUCAUCCUCACAUCAGACGAGAGCCACGCGCCCUUGACAAGCGCCAGUCUGAAAGCUGGCAAACACGUCUUCCUCGAAAAACCAGUCACCCUCUCCCUACCCUCCAUACAGUCGCUCAUUGACGCGGAAAAGAAUGCGCCAGAAGGCGCCCGUGUUUUCGUUGGAUACAUGCGCCGCUAUGCGCCCAGUUUCCUCGAGGCGUUCAAGAGGGAGGUAGCCUCCAUCCCUAAAAUCAUGUAUGCGCGCGUCCGCGACUUCAGCGGGCCGAACUUCAACUUCGUGAGCCAGAGUGGGACUUUCUCUGUCAAGCACGAUGAUUAUCCUGCUCAUGCUGCGGAGGAGCGUAAUGCACGCCUCGAAGAUCUUUUCGCGGAGGCAUUCCUCGGGCAAGAAGUCACGGAUGAGAAGCGGAAGUUCUGUCGCUUCCUUGGUAGUCUUGGUUCGCAUGAUAUCUCUCUCAUGCGCGAGGUUCUUGGAAUGCCUGAACGCGUUGAAGGGUUCACGGCCAAUGAUCCUUUCUAUAGUGCCAUCAUGUCUUUCCGUAAUAAGGAUGGCUCGACGUACUCGACUACCUAUGAGAGUGGCAUUGAUCAGGUUCCGGUCUUUGAUGCUCACAUUGCGGUGUACGGGGAGAAGAAGAGAGUGACUUUGAAGUUUGAUAGCCCUUAUGUUAAGGGUCUUCCUAUUUAUGUGGAAGUCGAUGAGGUGAAUGAACACGGGGAGAUCCAACACCGCAAGAUCCUGUCCUCGUACGAGGAUGCAUACACUGCAGAGCUACAGCAAGUGCAUGAUGUCUUCCAAUCUCAAAAGCCAUUUAAAACGACCCUAGCGGAUGCGAAGAACGAUCUUGAAAUAUUCAACAUGUUUUACAACACUUGGGGUUACUUGACAAUGAACAUUGCAUUGGGUGAUUCUCAAGAUCAAAUGAACGAAAUAUAG